AUGAGACCGAGCAACGACCCCUGCCACUCCGAAUCCACGGAUGGACUCCCGCCGUGCGGCUUCGAGGAAGCACCAUGGCCUUGUCUUGGCGCUCUAUAAGUAACGACGACGACUGCUCUUCCACCCACCUAUCUUCCACCGCCAUCACCAGCCUCUCGCUCGUCUUCUCAUCCUCUAUCCGACUCAUGGCGACGUCGAAUGGCCGCGGCAGGGACCCCACCAUCGACCUCAUCCGCGACCACCUCCUCGCCGACCUCCCGCCCACUCCCCCGUCAUCCGUCCUGCCCCCGCCGAUCCCCUUCGCCCGACCUUCCCUCACCGUCGCCCUCCCCCUUGCGCGCCCGCUCGACUGGGCUGAUGUGCCGCCCACGGCGAACCGGGGCGACGGGAGGCGGUACCGCGGGGUCCGGCGGCGGCCGUGGGGCAAGUUCGCGGCGGAGAUCCGCGAUCCCAACCGUCGGGGGUCCAGGGUCUGGCUCGGGACCUUCGACACCGCCGUGGACGCCGCCCGGGCGUACGACCGCGCCGCCUACCGGAUUCGCGGCCGCAAGGCCAUCCUCAACUUCCCCAACGAGGUCGGGUGCUCCGGCCGCUGGGCCACCGCUCCUCCUGCGCCGCCUGAGGCCGGAAAGAGAAAGAGAGAGGCGGCGGUACCGGCGAGAGGGAUCAAGAAGGAGAGCUCGCUGGAGUCUGAGGUUGUGGAGCCAGGGUGCGUCCCCUUGUCGCCGUCGAGCUGGAGCAGCGUGUGGGACGGCGAGGAGGCGGACACGGAGGGGCUGUUCAACGUGCCGCCGCUGUCGCCGCUAUCUCCGCAUCCACCACUGGGGUUCGCGCAGCUCCUGGUGAUCUGAGAGUUGACCGGUCAAACGCUGCGAUGCUUCACGUUGCUUGGGAGCGGGAAAGAAGACGUACAAAGAAAGAGUAAUCAAAGGAGAACAAAACGAUACAUAGCAUGGUCUGACAAGGAUGUAAACAUAAGCAUGCUUGUCGAGGUAUCACGGCAGGUUACAUAGUGUUGUUGUUCUUGUGUACAUAAUCUACUACUGUAGCUUGGAGCAUACAUGAAAAAUGUUAGAUUCGAAUCCAUUAUUCAUUUUCCUAUA